AUGUCUGGGACAGUCCUGGGGAACCCAACUCAGCUGGACCACUGGUCUGUACUGGGCUGCCAGCUGGAGAACCCAACUCAGCUGGACCACUGGUCUGUACUGGGCUGCCAGCUGGAGAACCCAACUCAGCUGGACCACUGGUCUGUACUGGGGUGCCAGCUGGAGAACCCAACUCACCUGGACCACUGGUCUGUACUGGGCUGCCAGCUGGAGAACCCAACUCAGCUGGAACACUGGUCUGUACUGGACUGCCAGCUGGAGAACCCAACUCAGCUGGACCACUGGUCUGUACUGGGCUGCCAGCUGGAGAACCCAACUCAGCUGGAAUACUGGUCUGUACUGGGCUGCCAGCUGGAGAAUCCAACUCACCUGCAGUCAACCACAGCCUCACAGCAGAGGGAGGACAGGGAGGAUUUCAAGGAGAGGGAGGAGAGAGAAGAGAGGGAAGAGGUGUGGGAAGAGAGAGAAGAGAGGGAGGAGAGGGAAGAGGUUUUGGAAGAGACGGAGGAGAGUGAGGAGACAACGGAAACACCUGGCCAUACCUCUGAUGGGUUUAGAGGAGAGGAUGAAGCAGAUUUCCAUCACAGCAUCUGGACAUCGCUGCCACUUUACAGUCAUCUAUAUCAGACACCAACCAACGUGUCUCACAACCUUUCAAAGGCCCCUCAGCAGCAGAUCAACUUAACUUCAGAAAAAGACCUGUCGUAUAACCAACAGACCAGCUCUUCAAAUGACCCUGAACCCACCACCCUGACACCACCACGGACCAGCUCUUCAAAUGACCCUGACCCCACCACCCUGACCCCACCACGGACCAGCUCUUCAAAUGACCCUGAACCCACCACCCUGACACAACCACGGACCAGCUCUUCAAAUGACCCUGACCCCACCAUCCUGACCCCACCACGGACCAGCUCUUCAAAUGACCCUGACCCCACCACCCUGACCCCACCACGGACCAGCUCUUCAAAUGACCCUGAACCCACUGUAUGCCACAGCACCCCAGUCUUUAGUGAUACCAGCAGGGCAGGACAGACACACCCCUUCCCUGCAGCACAGUGUGCGAGCAGGUUUAGGGCCCCUACAACAGAGUGUGUGAGCAGGUUUAGGGCCCCUACAGUAGACUGUUUGAGCAGGGUUAGGGCCCAUACAGCAGACUGUGUGAGCAGGGUUGGGGGAGUGCAGAGUAGUAGCCUGGAGGACCAAGAGGACAGUAGCAGUAGUGAUGAUGAAGGGAAACUGAUUAUUGAGCUUUAGACAGGAGUUAGAUUUUCUACAUGGAAUACAGACAGACUGGAAGAGGGGAGGAGGGGAGGAGGAGAG